CAAUAAGGAAAUUGCGCAGAAUGAAAAGCCCUUGACUUCAGUGUGCAGACUGGCUGGUGGUUAGAGUUGUCCCUGCCCCUUCAGUUUAUGGUUGAUUUGACAGUGUAUCUCAUUCCGUAUAAUCAAGUGACGCAGACUAACUAAAGUUAGAUGAAUGGACGUUUUUAAAUAACCGUAUUGUCGACUUGGACCACACAUCUUCUACUGGUUUUACUAUCAGGUCCCUCUGUGAUACCUUCUCAUCUCCGUGGCGCACAAUUUACGUUAGUGCUGAUAUUCUGUGGGAGCCAGACAAGGGAUGGUUGGCUAUGACCCACAGUACAGCAAUGUCGUGCUCAGCCCGGAAGAGGCAGCUUUGGCUGGAUCCGCAGCUGGCAUGGUGACCCGCGUCUUUAUAAGCCCACUGGACGUCAUCAAAAUCAGAUUCCAGCUGCAGAUCGAACAGGUGUCCUCCCAGGGGUCCUCCCAGCGGCCACAGGGCAAGUACUGGGGUCUGCUGCAGGCCAGCCGUGUCAUCUUCACUGAAGAGGGCCUCCCUGCCUUCUGGAAGGGGCAUGUUCCUGCUCAGCUGCUCUCCAUCUGCUUCGGAGCAGUGCAGUUUGCCACGUUCGAGAUCCUCACGGAGACUGUGCACAAGAACACACUGUACAGUAGCCAGACCCCCGUUGUGCAUUUUGUGUGCGGGGGGCUGUCAGCGUGCUCUGCCACUGUGGCCGUCCAACCAUUGGACACUCUGCGCACCCGCUUCGCUGCCCAAGGAGAGCCUAAGAUUUAUCGAAACCUCAGGCAUGCUGUGUUCACCAUGUACCAGACAGAGGGGUUGUUUACAUUCUACCGUGGCCUAAUCCCAACGCUAGUGGCUGUAUUCCCCUAUGCUGGCCUUCAGUUCUUCUCCUAUAAUGUGUUGAAGAGUCUCACUGGACCACAAAACUCAGAGUUUAAAGGUGGCCUCCAGAGCCUGAUGUGUGGUAGCUGUUCCGGGGUCAUCAGUAAAACAUUCACGUAUCCCUUUGACCUCUUCAAGAAGAGACUUCAGGUAGCCGGCUUUGAGGAGGCCAGGAAACAUUUUGGGCAGGUCCGUACAUACCAGGGCUUUCUGGAUUGUGUGGUGCGUAUAGGCAAAGAAGAGGGAGUCCGGGGCUUCUUCAAGGGACUUUACCCCAGUCUGGUGAAGGCAGCCGUCUCAACAGGCCUCACUUUCUUUUCCUAUGAAGUCUUUGUCGGGCUCCUGAUCCGACUGAAAGAGAACCACUGAGAGGAGAAUCACUGAGAACUUUCGAGGUUAAAGAACCUUUCAUACCUCUCAAAGGGGUGGAUGGGUGGUUUUAAGGGGCCGAAGAUCACAGAAACACGUACACUGGGAAAGUGCCAUGGUCUAGAUAUUGACUGAUCUGGCAUUGCACUAAAGGGGUACCGGUCGUGGUUACACCUGUCGUAUCAAUGCAGCUUGGUGCAUCUAAAUACUAAAUAUUCCAAGAUUCAUUCGCUGUCACUAGUGUAUCAUGCCAAGAGAGACCUAGGAUACAAAACUUCUCCAAGAACCAUCUUAAAAUGUUAUAACUUAAAAACUCGUACAUAACAUACAUUCAUAACAAAAUCUAUGUGUUUAACACUUAAAAGGGAUAUAUGUCGUUCUGGAUAGAAAUAUGGGUUAUGAUUGUUAUAACACUACAAAACAAUACACUGAAGAACAAGAAAAAAAGACAAAAGAAAAACAUCAUAAAUAUAUGAAUACAUUUCACCAUAAUCCAUGAUGUUGUUAAGGCUUGAAAUUAAGAUUUAACCUUUUCUGAAUUGUAACUAACCAUGUUCAAGUGGCCUUGUUUGCAGUGCUGUCAGAACAAUCUGCAUAUUGCAAGCAACAUAAUUAUUUUUAGUCCUUCAUCUAUAUUUAUCUCCGCCAAAAAGGUUAUGUUUUCGGUGCCAUUUGUAUGCCUGUCCGUUUGUCAGCAGGAUUACGCAUAAACUACCAAGCCGAUUUUCAGGAAACUUGAUGGAGGGGUGUGGCAUGGGCCAAGAAAGAACCCAUAACAUUUUGAUACAGAUCCAUGAAUCAUUUGUCAGUUUGGAUACCAUUGCGAGGCAUUUGGCCUUGGUAGAGUUCUGCGCUCCUUGAAUGACCCUCUAGUUUAUAACUGGUUUACUCUGUCUGUACAGUUUCAGUCUGUACUCUCCCUUUUUUGACAUGAUAGGGCUUUCUCUUGUAAAUUUCUCUUGUGUGACGCAACAAAAAAGCCAAAGCAGGAGUUCCAUGUUUUUCUUCAUUCAACUCUAUAUUGCUCCAGAAAAAUCUUUAAAAAAACUGAUCUCAAAACUCCCUUGCAUUCACAUGGUUUUGAUGGUUGGUCCAGAUUGGUUCAGGCUAUUCUGUCUACUAAAGCUGCAUUGUUAAGAAUGAUAUAACACCAGCUUUAAGGCAUCUUACUUCUGACAGAGGAAAGUUUAUUUCAGCUCAUGUUCAGUUGCUGGGGUGGGUGUGUUUUUACUUGCUUUUUUUUUUUUUUUUUUUUCAGAGGUUUGAUAGAGAAACAACAACGGUCACCCCUCAUGGUAAAAACUAGAUCGUUUGAAAUGUGGGUGCAGACUCUGGCUCCAGUCUUUUGUUUCAAAAUCAUUUGUUUACUUCAGCAGAAUGUUUGUAUUCAACUCUGUGUUCUCUCUGCAUUUCCCUCAUCACAGUAGUGAAAACAUGAAGUCAGAUAUUGUUUCCGUAACUCUGUUGCAGUGGCAACAUGAGAAAAUGUGGAUGCAUCAAAUUUGUAUUUAUUUUUUGUAUUGCCUCAAAGCAUAUGUUAAUGUGUCUUUUGUCAAAAUGGGAAAACAUGGGUUACUUUUAGAGUCUGUCUUUUAUUGUCUCUUCGACCUGUUUUCACAUUUGAGGAUUUAUCCAAAGAUGUUGCACAAGAUGUUUUUGCCUCUUUUUUUUUGGCUAAUUAUCAUUUUGUGUAUAAUCCUGUUUGUGUAAUAAUCCUCUUUGUGUAAUAACAUAUGUAUAAGGAUAUUAAUGUUAAAACACGCACAUCCAUGUUACUUAAACUACUGUAACAAAGCAUUUGUAAUAUGUAUCAUGUCAUAUAGAUGCAGUACCUUGUAUUGUAACAGGACAUAUAUUUUAAAUAAAGAAAUGUAAAAACUA